GAGCUUAGGUGUUACGGGCCGGACGGCUGCUCCCCGCAGGGACCGGACGACUGGCCGGGGCGGGGGCGAGGGCCCGGCAGAGGCGGCCCAGGAGGAGGAGGAGGAGACGCCGCAGACGGGCCGCCCCCUGCGGGAAGCGAGCGCGCGUGGAAAGACGGCGCGUCCCAGAAAAUGAGCUCCUCCCCACGCCGCCGAGUCCAGUAGUGAGCGUGGGAGGCCCGCCUUGCAGACACAACUUGGGGCUUCAAAGUCCUCCCCCCUGUGAAAGUCACUUGCUGGGCGUGCAGACGUCUGCGUUUGCCUCUUCUGCUUCAGACGUGGAAGAGCCCCAGGAAGCGCCCAUUAGAUAAUCUGUGCGCCUGGCUUUCCUGAAGCUCAGGUGUUCCGCUACUCAGCCUACCUCCACAAUACAUUUCAAGCCAGGUAUUGCCAGAAAUGUCAGAAGAUUCAGAAAAGGAAGACUCUUCAGACAGAACAAUCAGUGAUGAAGAUGAAUCCGACGAGGAUAACUUCAUGACAUUUGUAAGCGAAGAUAUCCACCAAUGUGCGCUUUUAACAGCUGACUCUGUUGGUGACCCGUGUUUCCCCCGGACCACCCAGAUACUGUUGGAAUAUCAACUUGGCCGAUGGGUGCCACGCCUUCGUGAACCACGAGAUUUGUAUGGUGUUUCUUCUUCUGGUCCCCUGAGUUCAACACGGUGGCCAUACCACUGUGAGGUCAUUGAUGAAAAAGUCCAGCAUAUUGAUUGGACUCCUUCUAAUCCUGAGCCUGUGUACAUCCCAACAGGUCUAGAGAUGGAACCCCUUUAUCCAAACUCCAAGGAAGAUACUGUAGUUUAUUUAGCUGAAGAUGCUUACAAGGAGCCCUGUUUUGUGUAUUCCCGCGUAGGGGGCAGCCGAACACCCCUGAAGCAACCUGUGGAUAACUAUGACAAUACUUUGAUGUUUGAAGCAAGAUUUGAGAGUGGAAAUCUACAGAAGGUAGUCAAAGUGGCAGAAUAUGAAUACCAGUUGACUGUGCGCCCUGACCUCUUCACAAAUAAACACACCCAAUGGUACUAUUUCCAAGUCACUAAUACUCAAGCAGGAAUAGUCUACAGAUUCACUAUAAUCAAUUUCACUAAGCCUGCUAGUCUUUACAGUCGGGGUAUGCGCCCACUGUUUUAUUCUGAAAAAGAGGCCGAGGCUCAUAAUAUUGGCUGGCAGAGAAUAGGAGACCAAAUCAAGUAUUAUAGGAACAACCAGGGACAAGAUGGACGCCAUUAUUUCUCUCUUACAUGGACAUUUCAAUUUCCACACAACAAAGACACCUGCUACUUUGCUCACUGCUAUCCGUAUACUUACACCAACCUGCAAGAGUACCUGUCUCGUAUCAAUAAUGACUCAGUACGGUCAAAGUUUUGUAACAUACGUGUCUUGUGCCACACAAUUGCUAGGAACAUGGUGUAUGUUUUAACAAUCACUACUCCCUUGAAGAACACAGACUCAAAAAAGCGAAAGGCCGUGAUUUUGACUGCAAGGGUACAUCCAGGAGAAACCAACAGCUCUUGGAUCAUGAAAGGCUUCCUAGAUUAUAUUUUAGGAGACUCAAGUGAUGCACAGUUGCUUCGGGACACUUUCAUCUUCAAGGUGGUACCUAUGCUGAAUCCAGAUGGUGUGAUUGUGGGAAAUUAUCGUUGUUCCUUAGCCGGACGAGAUUUAAACCGUAACUACACAUCUGUCCUAAAGGAAUCAUUUCCUUCUGUUUGGUAUACGAGGAACAUGAUCCAUAGAUUAAUGGAGAAACGAGAGGUUAUUUUAUAUUGUGACCUUCAUGGCCAUAGUACGAAAGAGAACAUCUUCAUGUAUGGUUGUGAUGGUAGUGAUAAAUGUAAAGCAUUAUACUUACAGCAACGAAUCUUUCCACUUAUGCUGAGCAAAAAUUGUCCAGAUAAAUUUUCAUUCUCAGCUUGCAAGUUUAAUGUUCAGAAGAGCAAAGAGGGAACAGGAAGGGUAGUAAUGUGGAAAAUGGGAAUCAGGAACAGCUUUACCAUGGAGGCUACUUUUUGUGGAUCUACCCUGGGUAAUAAACGAGGUACUCAUUUCAACACAAAAGACUUGGAGUCAAUGGGAUAUCAUUUUUGUGAUUCUCUUUUGGACUAUUGUGAUCCAGACCGAACCAAGUAUUAUCAGUGUCUGAAAGAAUUGGAAGAGAUGGAAAAACCUAUAAAUUUGGAAAAAGUUCUUGAGGAUUCAGAUACUUCUCUGAAAGAAAUUACAUUGGAUCUAGAGUCUGGUAGCCGAGGCUCUGACAGUUCAGAAUCCAAUGAGUCUCAGACUUGCCUUCUCAAAAUAACUUCUCAGAUAACAAACAAGAAAAAACACCUGAAAACAAAGAAGGAAAGAAAUUCUACCAUAGCAAGUCAUCAAAACACCAGAGAAGAGCAAGAGGUGUGUGAUAAAGGACAUUUAGUGCAAAGACACAAACAAUCAAAUUCCGAUGUGAAAGCUACAAACCCAGAUGUAUCAGAUGACUAUAUAUUUGAUUAUUUCGGAAGACCAUUCCCUAAUCGAGGUUUAGUGAAUAUGCCUACACGAGCUCCUUGGCUUCUAAAAAGAUAUUUGAGCUCCCAAAAUAGGAUUCAGAGGCACAGCAAAGACCAACAAAGACAAUUGUUAGAAACUGGUGAGAAGUCAGUCCAGGAAGUAAUUCAGCCCAAGAGCACUGAUGUGUAUGGAAACUGUUUCAGAGUGACAUCCUUCAAGUGUCCUGUGAGCACACAAAUUCCCAACUGGACUGAGAAGACCAGGAUGCCAACUGGAGAUCUGCGUCACAACUUUAAAAGAAAAAUGAAAGAAUGUACUUCUUUCCAAAGCAAGAAGACUGCCAUAAAUUGGACAGAUGAUGAGAAAAGACUCUACAGGGAUAAAAGAAUAGCUCAAACUCAAGAAUUAUUGCAGUAUUUGCUCCCUAUCAUGGAAAGCACUAAAAAUGUGCAAAACCCCCAGAUAAAACAGAUACUCAAUCCAAGAACCAACUUCCAAAUUCAAUAUCAAUUAAAGCCAGCUACUUACAAAAAUAUAAAGAGAUACAGCACAUCCUGGACACAACCCCGAAAUCCCUCGUUUAUAAGCCAAAGGAAGCUUGUGGUAAACUCUUCAGAGUGGCUCCAGUCUGUGUCCCAGAGUUUGUCACCUCUCAAAGUGCCCAAGAAGAAAAAACACUCUCGAAUCAAGGCCACAAAGACUCAAGACCUGAAACUUCUCGGCAGCAAAUGGGAGACUGCUCUCUCAAGUUUUGAGAAGGAUGCAGGUAUCAACAAAGAGAGUCUUCAAACUGAAGAACCCAGUGAGCGAAACUCUAAGCAAAUAGCUCCACAUCUAACUAAAAAUAGGGAUGAACAACCAAAUAGGAAUUACGGACAACCUACUUUCCAUCUGAAUUUCCACAGGGACAAAUAAUUUAGCUUUAAUGCUACUCUGAAAACCGUGGAUGAAAAAUAACAUACGCGUACACAGUAAAAGGAAAAGAAAAAUGAGAAAGCCCUCCCCAUCCCUCUAUCUCUAUCCCUCCCCUUCCAUACACGUACGCAUAGACUAAACUGCAAAGUCUAUAUAACUUCUCUUUAGUGGGAACAUCUUUCCGAGAUUUAAAAAGAAAUGCAGAGAAAAUACAGAAAAUUUAAAAUUA